AAAAAUCAUGUUGAUCGGAUAUAUGUUUUAUAUCAUUUCGAAGUACAUCCAUGUGCGAUAUGUGGGUUUUAGUUCAGUAUUUCGAACUUUGCUUUUUCCAUUUUUUUCAGCAUAAAUGUGUUUCGAGAACAAAAUGGCCGAUAUCCAAUGAACAUGAUUUUUGGCGUGACUAAUAUUCUCGACGAGGUCAAAAAAUGUGAAAGUUUGACCAUCCUAGUGGCCCGUUAAAUGAUUACUCUUGAAGUAGGGAAAAACCAACCAUUAAAAAAGGAAGGUGAUCAGUGCCAUCCGGAAAGGGCCCACAAACUGGCCGGGCUGGAUGGUCAAACAGACUAGAGAGGAUCCAAUCCCCCUGUUGUAUUUAGUAUAUGGACUUUGCUUAUAUCUUGUUUUGCCAUGAAGAAUUUCCCUGUAGCUUUUACAACAUCAACGGAUGGUGCAUUGUCUAUUUCUCGUUCUUGCACAGGAGCCAAAACGAACAUGCCUGCUACCUACUGUACUGGGACCUUACUAAGGGUAAUGAUUCGACUCACCCCAGGAAGAUGUAAGUUGCUGGUGGUUUCCAAUUUUGGUCUGAUUACUAAGUCCCUGACACCUAUCUGGUCCCCAUGCUUUGAAGUGAUGUCAAGCAACUCUUCUAGAAAGAUAUUGUGGUUGUCCUCUCCAGAUAUUGAAGGACUACAAUGAAUAAUCCUUGUUUUCGCACAAAAGAUUUUAUCAGUGACCUGCCAAAAAAUGUCAUAGAAAGUAUCCUUGCGCGGAUACCCUUACGAGAUGCAGCCAGAACAAGUAUUUUAUCAUCUAAGUGGAGGUACAUUUGGACUACGGUUUCGGACCUCGUGCUUGAUAAACAGUUUUUUGCUGAUACCUUGAGGACCAAAGGAAGGGUUAGACAGGAAUUCACGAACGCUGUUGAGAAAAUUCUCUUGCUUCACAGUGGCCCUAUUCAAAAGUUUGAUCUCCAUCUUCCAGAAAUAAUACUUGGUAAUUUCUGCUCAGAUAUUGACCGAUGGAUACUCUUCCUGUCGAGGAAUGGUAUCAAGGACUUGACACUCUGCAGUACAAUCGAUAUGCCUUAUAAGAUGCAUUCAUGUAUCUAUUCUUGUCGAGAGUUGACACGAUUGAAGCUUGUCAACUGCAUAUUGAAACCACCAAGUGAAUUGAGCGGCUUUCAAUAUGUCACUAGACUUCAUUUCCAGAGAACCACAUUUGGAGACAAUACGCUUGGUCCCCUACUUUCGAGGUCUGGGUUGCUUGAGAGAUUGACUAUCAAAUAUUGCAGUGGUAUUGGACAUUUGAAUAUCAAUGCUCCGAACCUCAACUCGUUAUUUAUAAUCGACAAUAAUGGGUUAGAAUCACUGUCUUUUGUGGACACCCCCAAUCUGAGGUACUUCUUCGGCUCACUAUGUGAUAAAAUGGGAAAAACACCCACAUUGAUGGAGUUUCUUGUUGCCUUGCCUAGAGUUUCCAAGCUUAAUUUGGAUGGAUUUUUUCUUGAGCUUUUGGCUGCAGGUGGUAGUCCACGCAAGCUUCCAGCAACAUUUACUCGAAUGAACUCGCUCUCUUUAGCAGAUGUGGAGUUCGGUGACUUUCAUGUUUUUUCAUGCACUCUUUGUUUGAUCCAAAGUUGCCCCAACUUGAUGAAACUUACGUUUUGGUUCUCCAUAAAUGAGAGCACUUAUGAAGAGCGGGUUGUAAAUUAUUUGGAAGUACCAGGUUGCAUGGAUCAAACGCUCACCAAACUUCUCUGUGUGACAAUGCAUGACCUUGUGGGUUUGAAGCCUCAGCUACUUCUCAUCAAGCUUCUGCUAGCAUGUUCUCCAAUGCUUGAAACAAUUUUUGUUGGGCUAAGUGAGCAACUCGACAUAAACGAAAGAUUCGAAAUAUCAAAAGAGUUAUCACAUUUUCCUCGGUUGUCACCUAAAGCGGCAGUUAUGUACUAGAAAGUAAUGCCGUAGUCAGUGAUAUUUUGCCACUAGAAAGUAAUGCCGUAGUCAGGGAUGUUUUGCCUGUUCACUCUUUCCUUCUUCUUCUGGUGUCUGGACCUAGAAAAUUUAGUAGACCUUUUAGUAGCACUGGCUGGCGUAACUGAAACCUUAUACGUGAAGGUUUCAAAACUGGUACUGUAUUAUGUAAUGACUCUUAACCACAUAUGCUUACACCAUCCUUCAUGAA